AAUUACCAAAAAUAAGUUAUAUUAAGACUAAUGCAUUUUAUAGAUCUCUAUCAACUUAUUUUGAGGUAUUUAUAUUACAAUUCAGUAAUCUGUGGCAAGUUUAUUUUUGAAGAUGUAAAAAUGAGGCAGUUAGUCACAUUUUGGUGUGCACCAGUCUGCCAUUGUAAUACUGUAAUGAAUAUUUUUUGACAUAAAUAAUGGCAAGGACCAAAAAUCCAAUCUCAUAAUGUUUGGAUAAGUCAGAUGCUUUAAUUUAACUAAUGAAUUUAAACAAAAUAUCUUCAUCAGAUGUUUUUUGUGAUGUCACAUUACUGUCUUUUUAUUCAAUGCCUAAUUAUAUUCUCAGUCAUGUCUACUAAAGAAAUAAUAACCCUUCAGUUUGGGCAUUAUGCAAACUUCGUUGGUACACACUGGUGGAAUAUACAGGAGUCAUCAUUUCAAUAUAGUAAUUCUGCUACAGGUGGUGAAAAGGAAGAAAUAGAUCAUGAUGUUUUAUUUCGAGAAGGUGAAACAGCAAGGGGUGCAAUAACAUUUACUCCUCGACUUGUCCUGGCCGAAUUAAAAGGUGGAUUAGGCAGCCUGAAAUCCAGUAGUGUUCUUUACGAUGAAAACGAAAUGGAAAAUCUCAUGGCAAUUGCUUGGCAUGGUGAUGUCGAUGUCCACGAACAAUCUUGCGAACCUAAAAAUCAAUUUUUGAUGGAUCUUGAUAACGAUCAAUAUCUUGAAAUGCCAAAAAUAAAUGGAAAAAAUGAUGCAAAAUCGAAUCACCAUAAACCAUAUGAACUAGAAAAGGAUGUUAAAGUGUGGUCUGAUUAUUUGAGAACAUAUCUUCAUCCAAAAUCAAUGAUGAUAAUAAAUGAAUACAGCCAUAAAUCAGAAAAUGAUUCUUUCGAUUUAUGGACGAAAGGUACAAAUAUGAAAAAAACUCUUGAAAUAAUUGAAGAAAAAAUCAGAUUUUAUGCUGAAGAAUGUGAUCAGAUGCAGGGUUUUCACAUCCUCGCUGACUCGUACAAUGGUUUCGCUGGACUAACAUCCUCUGCUUUACAAUACCUACAUGACGAAUUCUCAUCCAAGCAAUUGAUUACUUUUCCUUUAUUUCCAACAGAGUUUCAUGAAGACUCGAAAACAAAAUCAUUAAAAAGAAACUUGAACAAAGCUUUGUCUUUGCCAAUAUUUAUGGAGCAUUCCUCUUUAGUAUGUCCUUUAUCAUUAUGUUUAGAAAGUUUUCCUGAUAUAACAAGUCGUAGCAUUCCCCACUUAAUCUAUGAUGCGAAUUUAAACUAUCACACGAGUGCAAUAUUAGCCUCAGCACUUGAUACUGCGACACUGCCUCACAGAUUAAAGGGAAACAGUGGAAUAUAUCUAAACCAGUUUUGUGAUAAUAUCACAUCAGCUUCAAAAAAUUUAGCGUCCAUGUCAAUUUCGAUGCCAUUCCCAUUACUUUCUUCCACCAGAACUUGGCUCGACCAAGAUUUUUUGACAUUGUCUGAAUUUUUGAAUAGUCAUCUCGAAAAAGAUCCAUGGAACCUUAUUAGUCAAGGUUUUGAUGCGGGAUGUUCAUCACAAUCUAUAGUUGAUGAAGUAUAUUCUCAAAGUUUAACACUUCGUGGACUACCUAGCAACAAACUUAUGUCUUAUUCUGUUCCUAAUUGUGGUGUGUUUUCACAAUGUUCAACACAAGAUGAUCUGCUUAAUUUCUAUUUGAGCAAAAGGUUUUAUGGUUGCCAGAACUCAGUAUUUUCAUUGUCAGAGGCAAUGAAUACUACAGCACCGUUCCCACAGUUUUUUGACAAGAGGGUCACAUACAACGGUCUUUUGACUAAUAUUGGUUCAAAUCCAACGUUCCAACCUUGGCAGCAACAAAGGGCUGACCGAUCUGCCAUAAGACUUGAACACAGCAGAAAUGGGGAUUGCUCUGGAGGUGCGGAAUUAACCAAUGGCCAUACAAAUGGCUGUGAUAAAUCUGGCUCCAGUUCUCAUGUUGAAUCUAUUCCAGUAUUAACAAAUAUACAGUGUUCUUCAAAGGCCGUUAACGUUCUGAAAUCAUCUGCCUUAUGUCUAAAGCAGGCUAGAACAAGGCAUUUCUCUUUCCAUCUAAUGGAAACUGAAAACCUAGAAACUGUCAUUGAAAACUUAUGUACAUUACAGGAUGAAUAUAAAACACAUGGACAAAUUACAGAUGAAAGUGAUUCUGAUGGCGAUUUAUAGUUUAUCGUGUUGUACAUUGCAUUUUCUGCCAACUAAUUAUGAAAAUAACUCCAAAUUGGGCAUGUUGUAAUGAUUUAAUCCGUAUUCGUAUGAAUUGAAACUCUAUUUGUAUAUGCGGUACAAUAAUUAAUAAAGCGAUGUCAAUGACAGAUAUCCACAAUAAAUCUUUAGUUUUCAAGUUAUAAAUUGGAAUGUGGGACAUAUUAUCUCCCCUUCAUUAUCAUUAAUACUAAAUCAAAUUUGAAUCUCACUGUGUACUUGUAUCUAGAGUUCAUUUUCGUACAAUUUCAUUCAGUUGCUGUACAUUGUUCAAUAAAAUCAUCGCCUUUUGUAUAAAA